AUGAAGUCUGAAGUGGGAGCUGCCCAGGGUGAUCACUUCCCAAGCAGAAAGCAAAGCCUCAUAGAGGAUGCAAGAAAAGACAAAGAAGCCUCGGAAUCUGCUGCAAAUUUGUCUCUGUCAGACAGUGAAGAUCACAGAGAAGGGAGCUGUCCCUGGAGCUUUAGAUUUACCAUCAGGCACUCCAGCACCUAUGGGAUCUCCAAUAACCUGAGCAUAUUUGAGCAAUAUGCAGCUCAUAUCUAUCACGUUGAAACAAGAACUGUGAAGAGGCUCUCCAAAAACCAAACUGACAGCUCGCAAUGUUUCGUUAGAUGUGAAAUUCCCAAUGCUUCCUUCAGCUAUCUGAUGGGCUCUUUAAAAAAGGUCGCUGAAGAUGUGAAAGCUGUCAAGGAGGAAAAGUUGCCUUCUUUCCCAAGGAAAUUACAAGACCUGGACAUGUGCCAUCACCUGGUUAUUAAAUUUGAACCAGAUCUUGAUAAAGACCAUCCUGGUUUUGCUGACCAAGAAUACAAGAAUCGCAGAGCUUACUUUUCUGAGCUGGCUUUCAAUUAUCGAGAUGGAGAACCCCUGCCAAGAAUUGAAUAUACCCCUGAAGAAAAUGAAACAUGGAGACAAGUUUAUAAAAUGUUAGUCAGUUUAUAUCCUAAUUCUGCAUGCAAGCAGUACUUAGACGCUUUUCAACAGCUGGAGAAGCACUGUGGGUUCAGAGAAGAAAAUAUACCACAGCUUCAGGAUGUGUCAUGUUUUUUAAAAGAUAGAACUGGGUUUACCCUUAGACCAGCAGCAGGUCUGCUUUCUGCUCGGGAUUUCCUUGCAUGUCUUGCUUUCCGAGUAUUUCCAAGCACACAGUAUAUAAGACACCCCUCAUCAGCCAUGCACUCACCAGAACCUGACUGCUGUCAUGAAUUGUUGGGCCAUAUUCCAAUGUUAGCAGACAAAGAAUUUGCACAGUUUUCACAGGAUAUUGGUCUGGCCUCUCUUGGAGCAUCUGAUGCAGAUAUUGAAAAAUUAUCAACUCUGUACUGGUUCACUAUAGAGUUUGGGCUGUGCAAGCAAACUGGAUCCAUCAAAGCCUAUGGAGCAGGACUCUUGUCCUCAUAUGGAGAACUUACGUAUGCAUUAUCAAACAAGCCAGAACUUAAGCCCUUUGACCCUGAAGUAGCCGCAAUUCAGCCAUAUCAGGACAAUUCCUUUCAACCAGUUUAUUUUGUAUCUGAAAGCUUUGAAGAUUCCAAAGCUAAACUCAGGCAAUUUGCAAUGAAAAUGAAGAAAUCCUUCUCGCUCCAUUAUGAUCCCUUCACUUGCCGUGUCGAAGUUCUGGAUUCCCCACAAAAAAUCAAGAAUACACUUAAUAACAUAAAAGAUGAGCUGGACAAUCUGUGCAGUGCAGUGGACAAUUUUCUGCUUAACUAUGAAAGGAAAGAUGUCACUGAUAGACCUUAG